GGGGCGCGUUCCCCCGGCUCUGCAGUUGUCAAGGACGCCCAGAUCUCGGGAUUUCCCGAAGAAAAGAUCAAGGGGGAAUUAUCAAGAAUAGAUUGUUUUUGUGAAUGGUUAAACCUAAAAUGUCCACAGCCUUGGCCCUGCAGACUGCGGAGGGACGACGACCACGACGACGACGACGAGGACUCCUGGAAGUGACGGUGCAGGAGGAGAAGAACCAUGCCUGUGGGCAAGAAUCUAGCUGGUCAAGAAAGACCCUGGAAAGCACGGAGGUCUCCCGUAGGCGCUUCCGGCAGUUCCGCUACCAGGAGACCCCCGGGCCCCGGGAGGCGCUGCGCCGGCUCCGCGAGCUCUGCCGCCAGUGGCUGCGGCCCGAGACCCACAGCAAGGAGCAGAUGCUGGAGCUGCUGGUGCUGGAGCAGUUCCUGGCCGCCCUGCCCGGGGAGCUGCAGGCCUGGGUGUGCGAACGGCGUCCGCAGAGCGGGGACGAGGCGGUGACGGUGCUGGAGGACUUGGAGAGGGAGCUGGACGAGCCUGGGCAGCAGGUCCCAAGUCAUGCUUAUGCGCAACAAGAGCUUGUGAGGGAGAAGGCAACUCGAGGAGCAGCCCGGGUAUCCUCACGUGGCCAGUUCCAGAGCUCAGAAGAGCCGCUGCGGUGUAACUUGCAGGAGGUGCGCCCGGUGCAGGAGAUCGAUGGUGAGGAUGGGCCUUGGAAUGUGGAGUUUGCUCCAGAGGAGGAGAUCGCUAAAGAAGUAAAAUCUAUGGUAGAAGUACCUGGAACUCUCAACAGUGAUGUCACUCGGGUGCCUGAACGUGGAGACGCCUGUGACCGGGAGGGCAGACUGGAGAGGCACCGGGUAAGCUCCUCGGCGGAGAGGCCCUACGUCUGUGGGGACUGUGGGAAGAGCUUCACCCAAAACUCCAUCCUCAUCGAGCACCAGAGAAGGCACACGGGCGAGAAGCCCUAUGCGUGCAGCGUGUGCGGGCGGGCCUUCGGCCAGCGGUCGGGCCUCUUCCAGCACCAGCGGCUGCACACUGGGGAGAAGCGUUACCGGUGCCGUGUCUGUGGCAAGGCCUUCAGCCAGAACGCCGGGCUUUUCCACCACCUCCGCGUCCACACUGGGGAGAAAGCUCACCAGUGCAGCCAGUGCGGUAAGAGUUUCAGUCGCCGCUCUGUCCUCAUCAAGCAUCAGAGAAUUCACACCGGAGAGAGGCCUUACGCGUGUGAAGAAUGUGGCAGGAACUUCCUUUACCACUGCAACCUCAUCCAGCAUCGGAAGGUCCACCCUGUGGCUGAGCCAGCCGGCUCCGUGGAACAGAUGCAGAAGCACCUCCUCAGCACACAGAGCCUGCAGGAGAAGCAGGAGGUCCGCCCUGGGCAUUGUAGAGAGGCCACUCCGCCAGGAGGAAGGGCGCCGCAGCUUCGGAUACAGAACCCGGAUGGACAGCGGAGUGGAGAAUGGGUUGUUCCUAUGGUCAGGAGGGCCAAGAAGGCCCGGAUGGCUCGUUGGGGCGGGGCCCGUGGGGAGACCUCCAGGUUUACGGAGAAGAAACAGAGACUUAGUGGCUCUCUCUACCACUCAGUCCUCCUUAGGGUGCACACUGAGGAACCACCCAGCUACCAGCCGCUAACUGCCCCAAGUCGGCCCGGAAGUGCGUGAGGCGGUGCUGUAGCCCUAAGUUCCGACCUACUUCCGGCCGCUGUGUGUCUCCCUUGGGUUCCGGGGUCGGAAGGUUCGUGCUCCUGGUCUUGGAGUGCGGGCUGCUGCUCGUGUUCCGGGUGCUCCCGGCGCCUCAGAGAGCAAGUGCAGCCCGGCCGGGCGGCCCAGGCCUUUUCGCUGAGCCGGCCGCGAGUCCUUAGGGUCCACUCCACCCUGCGCCGCCGGCCACAACACUGUCCUGAGCUUCAGGGAAGACUCGAGACCUUCCCAGAACUCCGCAGCCCUCCAUUUCAUAAAUAAGCUAGAUUUAGUCCUGCAGGAAGAAAAUUAUAUGACUCCGCUUUUAUGGUUUUAUGAUUUGUUUCCACCAGAUAUAGGAUAUUUAGAAAAUUUUAAAAAGCAAUUAAUCAGAAUAUCCUAACCUUAUAAACCUACCUUUUCUUUAUCCCACUUAAUUGUUUUUUAUUUUAGGACUGAUUUAUUUUAGGACCAUUUAGAAAUGGUUCCUACCAAGUCUUGUUAAAGUCCUGAAACAACGUGACCUUUUCCUUAGUCUUCAAGUCUUUGCUCCCAAAGUCCAUGUAUUUACCUUGGAAUAGUAAAUUAACCUGGACGUAUUCAAAGGUCUUACCUAAGUUCUUAGAAUUUGCAGUUGUUGUUUAAGGUGUCGUUUGUGUUAAUGAUGAUGGCCUCUUCUUUAGAGCCACAUAGGAAGCAACUUUCCCUCGGAGAGCUUACUUGGAGCUCCAAUAAAGCUUUGUAUUGUACAGCUAUGUUGGGCUCUUCUCAGGAUAUCUGGGCCCAAGAAGACCAGGAGCAACUUUUGCAAAUAAAAAAGAAAUAGAAGGAAAGUAAAUAUUCCUCGAGACCAGGAUCGGAGCCGACAUGAGAGCAACACCUGUAGCAGAGAGGUCUUCCCACACUCCUUAAGGCAGUUCUGCUACCCCGAAACAUCUGAGCCGUGGGAGGC